GAGCUUUGACCUUACAUAAUUUCAAGCCAUUUUGUUGAAUAUAUUCCAUCAACCGAAAGUAGUCUACGGUCAGUGAACAGCCGCAGCGAUAGUCUUAAUCCGCCUACUUCUUCUACCAUUUCUCGAUUCAAUACUCAAACGCCCUUUCCUUCCUCUGCGUCUUCUGUUUGUCUACCCAGAAAACAUAGAAGACAAGCUUUGAAUGUUGAAAAUCAACAAAAUUCAACCCGGAAAUUCUUGUUAAAAAAUCACGAAGGCAACGCGUUGAGUUUUGGUAUAUGAUCUGAAAGCAAUGAAGUGUUUUUUUUACUACAUAAAGGACAAAUACAGAAGCAGGGGGCAAAGAUCAGCCCCGGAGAUGAAAGCAUCAGGAAGAAAAUCCGAGGACAGUUUGGGGGCUGAGAGAAUCACAAGUUCCUCAUACUCUGCAACUUCUCCUCGUGGCAUCCCUGAGCUGUACGAAGAGAGGGGCCAGAAUUCGCGGGUCUUCUCUUUCUCAGAGCUCAGGGUCGCCACUAAUGAUUUCAAUAGGAUGCUUAAGAUCGGUGAAGGCGGAUUUGGGAGUGUUUACAAAGGUUUAAUCAGGCCUGCCGAUGGAAAUGGUGAACCAUUUGUCGUCGCCAUCAAAAAGCUUAACAGAAAUGGCUUACAGGGUCAUAAGCAAUGGGUUGCGGAGGUUCAAUUUCUGGGGGUUGUGGAUCACCCGAAUCUCGUAAAACUCAUAGGUUAUUGUGCUGUGGAUGGAGAAAGAGGGAUGCAGAGACUACUCGUGUACGAGUUUCUUCAAAAUAAGAGUUUAGAAGAUCAUCUUUUCGGCAGGGCUCAUCCUGCUCUUCCUUGGAAUACAAGAUUACAGGUUAUACUUGGAGCAGCUGAGGGAUUAGCUUAUCUUCAUGAAGGAUUAGAAGUUCAGGUGAUUUAUCGAGAUUUUAAAGCCUCAAACGUAUUGUUGGAUAAGAAUUUCAAACCGAAGCUUUCAGAUUUCGGACUUGCAAGAGAGGGGCCAAACGAGGGGAACACACAUGUUUCAACAGCAGUGGUUGGGACGUAAGGGUAUGCACCCCAGAUUACAUUGAGACGGGCGUCUCACAAGCA